AUGGAGUCCGACGCAAAUACCAGAUAUCGUUCGCGAAUUAUUAGGGAAAUCAAGGCUAGCAGCGAUAACCCCUUCAACUCCCCUCCGUCAUCCACCGGCAGAGCCAGCCCCACGCUGUCAUCCGUCUUCUCAGAUCCCGAGGGCGAAUCCACACGCAGGCUGCAAGAGGACAUUGCCCGCGUUGCAGCCCCCAGAAAACUGCCCAUCAACUGGGAGGCUGCCCGCCGCAAGUGGCCCGAGUUCUAUUCCCAGCCCAAGACGCGGCCCAUCUUCGACGACCAGACAGACACAACGGCGCCCCUGGCAGACCCGCCCCUCAACAAGAAGGAAACAUUACCAAAGGCUGUUCCUCUUCCCGCGUACAUUGAUGAUACCACCGAGGACGCGUGGAACGGCUCCAAGAGAACACGCUCGGAGAUGCAACCGCGCGUCGACGAGGCCGACCUGUCACAAGUUAUUUCACGCCCACCGACCAAAGGCCUAUCUACUUAUGGCCUAAGCUACUCUGCUCCUCGCAACCCCAGUCCUCUAUCGAAAAUACACAACCAGUCCCCGCCUCCGCUUAGAGAUCAGGCAAAGGAACGACAGGUCACUAUCGAAGAAGCAUUGGAAACGCUUCGCAGGGCAUCAUCUAACCCCAGGGAACGUGAAGAGGACCGGCGAGUCCCAUCCCUCGACAGCAAUAUGUCAUCUGCAAAGUCCAGCUUGACAGCUGUACCUCCCUCACCGCCACACCCGUCCCUUAUGACGGACUCAGACCUCGCCCGUCGCGAUAACUUUCUUACUAGCACAUUCAGAUUCGGUGGAUCGAUUAUUAAAGAUGGUGCUCCGAUCAUUGUUAGACACGGCCGAGCACACGACCAGAACGUCAGGCCCUUUGGCGUGCCAUACGCAGAGGUCGACGGCAUUAAGGUUGCUGAAGACGAGGCUGCCAUCUUUGCAUCGGCGGAUAUGAUCCGUGCUGCUCAGGACCAGUAUGACAAGGUGUCAGACUACGCCAGAAGUCUCCAGCAAAAGGUUGAGAUGCUCGAAGCACAACUUGCAUCUCGCAAAGGAUCGGACGGAGCACUCAGCGGUUUCAAUGUUAAUACGAAUGCAAAUGCACAGACCUUGUCAGAGAAGAAGGCGCUCCAGGCGGAAGUGGCGUCUCUCCAGAAGCGAUUAGACCAAGCGACAAAUCAGAUUAGCACAUUUCACAUGGAGAAUGACACUCUGACCCAAGAACGUGAUCGUGGCAUUGGUCGUCUACAGAAAGCUUGUGAAAAUAUCAGCAAGCUGGCUCAGCAGCUUAAGGAGAAGGAGAAGGAGCUGGAAAAUACCCACAAGCAGCUGGGGUCAUCCGAACAGGUUCGACAGGAUAACGACACACUGCGUCGGGAUGUUGCGGCACUGAAACAAGACAACGCAUCACUGGGAGCGGAAAUCGAUGCCUUACGACGUGAACAACGGCAUCUCCGCCAAGAGGCCGAAUCUAGCAAUGGUCUCGCAGAGUACAGGACAUUACGAGCCAACAACAAGAGUCUGAUGGACGAGAAUGAGGAUCUUCGAGAGAGCUUGGAUGGUACCCAACACGAGCUUGACGCUGCUCGCGAGGAGAUUGAGGCACUGCAACGGGAAGUUCAAUCGUUAAAGAGAGAAAGGGCAACCCUUCGCGAAGACAAUGCUGGCCUCGUUCGACAUAAUGAGAAAUACUUUAGCGAGAACAAGAUUCUGCGCCGUGAGAACGCUGGCUUUGAGCAUAGCAUCCAUGAUCUGCAUGAUCGAAACCUCAAGCUGAAGGAAGAGAUUGAGGUGCUGAAACGGCAGUUGGACCGCUAUCGAGGCUCUAGCAACAGCAAAAGCGACUUUACGAGCCGCCAGGAUGGAGGAGAAACAGAGGAAAACAUGACGUCAGCUUUCUUUGUCCCUGAUAUAACCCUCAAGUCAAAUGACAACACCGAAACAAAAGACAUGCCUGCUGGGUCCAAGAGCAGCGUCAGAUCAUCGCCCUCCAAGAACGCCGGCACCGCCAAGGUUGCUUUUGCUCUUCCCGACAAGGCAGCAUCCAAGUCUACGGUGGCCAACCAGGGCAGCAAGCGUCGGAGCGCGAGCCGCCUAUCGGUUCCAGGAAUGGAUCCCUUUGGUGACGAAGACACUACUGGCUUGCUGUCGGUGGACAAUAUCUCUCAGGACCUCGCUAUUUCCCUCAACUUGAACGCGGAUCUUAAGGGCGGUACCAUGGGCAAGGAGAUGAAACAAUCGCGGAGCCAUGAUAUUGGGAAGCCAGCGCCGAAAAUCGUGCACAUUGAUUCAAAGUCGAAGAGAACGACGUCAGACUCGAUUGAUCGGGAUGGAUGCCCUGCGUUGUCGAAUAAUGCUCGACAAAUCCUUGACAGUCUUUCCCACCACAACUGCCAGGACUGCACCGUGUGCAGCCGCAUCACAUCUCACUCUGGUGUCAUCUCCUCUGUCGACCUGGCGGCGGGCAAGAAACGUGUAUCAAUACCGCGGCCCAUUCCCGUCAGUGACCGUGUCUCGGGAGGUGACCACACGCUUCGACCAGCCAACUCCCCCGGUGAAGCCUUGGCUCUUGUUAUCAAAGGCCUGAAGGACGAGUCGCAGCAUAUUCAGCUGGAGCUGUCAAAGCUCCAAGCGCGGUACAAUAAGUCUGACAAGUCGAUGGACCGCCACAAGAGAGAAACUAUGGCCGGGGCGAUCCGAAAGCUGCUGGAUCGUGUCGAGGCGAAGAAUAAUCAGAUUUACAGUCUAUAUGAUGUUCUUGAAGGGCAGAAGGCUGCCGGCCAAGAAAUGACGCAGGAGCAGGUGGAAAUGACAGUCUUGAACAUUACGGGCAUGCAUGUUCGAGAGGUGACGAAUAUGAGUGACCAAAUGACGGACGGCAUGGGUAUCGUGGCCUAA